ACCCCGCCGCCAGCAGUAGCCAGCCACCGCCUCCAGCUGCCCGUGGCGCCGCCGCGGCGAGCGACGGCGAUGAUCACAGCCAUGUACCAAGCGCUUCCGCGCCGCGGAUACCCCCUCCUCGUCCUCCGCCUCCGGGGGCAUCGCGGGCUCAGCUCGCUCGCGGGCGGCGGCGAGCGGUGGAGGGGGCAGCCCCAGCAGCAGGAGGAAAGCAAGGAGGUCAAGGUGUCGGUGUGGUGGGACUUCCAGAAGUGCCAGCUUCCGCCCGGCGCCAACCCCUGCCGCGUGGCCCCGCGCGUCACGGCCGCGCUGCGCGCCGCCGGCAUCCGGGGCCCCGUCGAGAUCACCGCCUUCGGCGAUGUUUUCGUGCUCCCCCGCCCCGUCCAGGAGGUCCUCGCGGCCACCGGCGUCGCGUUCUCGCACGUCCCCACCAGUGGAAAGGAUGGUUGUGACAGAUCAUUCAUUGCUGAUCUUGUCUAUUGGAUUGCUCAGAACCCUCCACCAGCCCAUUUCUUCCUUAUAUCUGGGGAUAAACACUUUGCAAAUAUUCUGCAUCGCCUUCGGAUGAGCAAUUAUAACAUACUCCUAGCCUGUCCUAAUACCGAGCCCAGCAUUCUCUGCAGUGCAGCGACAAUUAUGUGGCCGUGGGAGGCUUUGAUUAAAGGGGAGGGGUUUACUCGGAAACAUUUUAACCAGCCACCUGAUGGUUUGUCCUGUUCUUGGUAUGGUAAUUACAGGGGAGCUCUUGACGACCCCUUCCAGAAAGCAGAACCAAAGCACUCCGGAAAUGUACCAUUGCAAACCAAGAAGCCAGAGAAGCUACCUAUAGUCUCCAGAUCUGCGGUCAACGGGCCUGAUCAUGCCAAGUUUAUAGAUCCUCUACCAGGUGAUAGUCAACCUGCUGUAUUUGGUGAAAAAAGCUUUAUGAGAAUGAGUUCUGGGCAAAGUAUUGGUGAGAGCAAAUGCCUCAUUGAUACUAAGAAUGAGAAGCCACGAUCAUCCAAUGCCUCAUCUUCUCCAUCAGAUAUAUUAUCUUUAGAAUCUUUAGAACAAAAGAAAAUUCCGGUCGGUGAUGACCCCUUCCUGCAAGGAGAAUCCAAGCACUCCAUGAAUGUACCAUUGCAGACCAAGAAACCAGAGGAGACACCUAGAAUCCCCAUAUCUGUGGUCAACUGUAUCAGGAGAGCAUUAAACUCUUAUCCUGAAGGGGUCAACCUUGAAGAUCUUCUAUCAGAACUUAAAGAGAACAAGUUGUUUAUGUAUAAUGGAUUAUAUGGCUUCAAAACCUUCAGUGCUCUUCUCCAAGCUAUGCCUGAUUAUGUCAAAUUUAUAGAUCCUUUACCAGGUGAUAGUCAACCUGCCGUAGUUGGUGAAAAAAGCUUUAAUAGAUUUCCUUCUGCUCAAAGUAAUGGUGAGGUAAAAUGCCUCAUUGAGACGAAGAAUGGGAAGCCACCAUCAUCUAAAGUACCAUCUUCUCCAUCAGAUAUAUUGUCUCCAGAACAAAGGAAAAUUCCGAUAGCUGAUGCUCCAUCUUCCCAGUGUGGUUUGUUAUCUAGAGACCAAAGGAAAGCUCCAUCCGUAGAUUUUAUUAAGCCAUCUGAACCUCCUGCGUGUCAUAUGGAAGCUGAUAUGGUGAUCACUGCUGCAAUUCCCUCCUCGGAGGCUCAAGGUACUACUAGUAAAAAAGGGCUACUUGAAAGGAUUCAGAUACUAUGGACUGGUCCCAAGACCAUUAAGCCCCAGGUCCAUCCAUCUCAUGAUGCUACUUUUUCUGAAGGGUCCAGUGAUGUAACAAGCCAGGAAGGGCAACAUAACAGACAUUUGAGAAAUGCCAUGAAGAAUUGUUCCACAACUGACAAUCCUGAUGUGAAUGGUCCUGAUAACAGUUCAGCAGGCAGCACUAGUUUGUCAAAUGACCCGUCUAAUAACUGUUCUGAAACAGAUGUCAAGGGGGAUUUUGCAAAUACAAAGAAUCACUCUGGCGAAACAGUCGAAAUCAGCAAAGCUGAAAAGAGCAAAGGAAUAUUUAGCUGGGCAGCAAGGUGGUGGUCAUCUGGAAAAUCAGAUAAACAAGAUAAUCAAAAUCAUGAUGGAACAAGGAAAGAUUUGGACAAAGGAUGUUCAUUUGUUAACAGUGCAAGUGGACAGCAAGUAGGAGUUGAAAUGUUUGAAAAAUCUUACUUCUGGGAUGCACUACAGCAAUAUCUUUUAACCCAUCAUGGAUCAAAACUUGUUUCAGAAGCAAAGGCAAGGGAGGAGUUGGCACAUGGACUGCAGAAGGGCUGUUCGCUUCUCAAAGGCCUUGACGACAAACAUAUCCAUCAGUUAGUACAUCUGUUGAUCUCUGAGAAGAAAUGGAUCAAGGAGUGUAGGUCGGAAACUUUUCAUUUCCAACUUACGCUGCCUCAGAGAGGAACAUGUGCUCCAUUACAUGCCUGUAAACCACAAGGGUCAAGUUCUCCUCUUACAAAUGGAAACGGCCAGGCCAGCUGCAAGGGCAAUGAAGACCAUGGUAAUGUCGAUGACUUUGCCUGGGAAGAGCUUGGUCCUGUAUCCAGUGCUGGUGAUCCUCAUCCAGAAACUGGUAAAGUGGUGCGCUAUCACCCUCCCACCUCGUCAGAUGAUGAGUUUUCUGAUGGUGAAAUUCAUGCGGUAGAUGAACAAGCAGGAAAAGAUUCGGAUGCUGAAUUUUCCGAGGAUGAAAGUCAUACAGCAAGCCAACAAGCAAGAAGAGACCCUUCGCGGAGCUCGCUCGUCGAAAUUAUUGCCUCGUGGGAAACACAAACAGGCAAGGAUGAUGGUUCACCGCCAAGAAAUUUCAAGGCGGAAUGCUCUCGAACGAAUAAACAUUAUCGUCAGUGUUAUCGUCCUUCGACCAAGCAGCAGCAGCAGCAGCAACACUCGUGAUAUCAAGUUAGCACUGGUGCUUUGCAAGUAGUAUAAAUAAAAUGCUGUCACAAUUGAGCAUUAUUAUUUUGUGUUCUCUCAUUUAUUUUUCAUUGUCAUUUUUAACAUCAACACGUUUCUGGUAUGCACUAGAUGAUGGCCUUUUGUAAUUAUGCUAAACGCAUAAACCAUAGAAUAUUUUCAUGGCAAAUCUCUAUAAUUUGCAUGUCUAUAUAGAGGAUUUGGUGGCUGAUUACACAAUCAGACCAAUUGCGCU